UAUAUAAAAGGACGGCGCUUUAUAUGAACAUGUGUAUGCUACUACAGAACUGUCAAUGAUGAUGGGCGUCUCAAAGAUAUCCUUUAUAUUAAUGUUAGCCGCAUGGAGCGCACAGGGCGAUGCUAAGUCUGCAGAGGAUGAGCCUGACACCCGAGUGGUGGGUGGCAGCGACGCACCCGAAGGCCUGGUGCCACACCAAGUCGCUCUAAAAUAUAAUAAAGACGGCUGGACUUUCUGCGGUGCUGCCGUCAUCUCGGAUAGAUGGAUACUGACAGCUGCCCAUUGUGUCGAAAGUCUCAAACCAUCCGAUUUUACCGCUGUAGUUGGUACGUUAUCGAAAACAAAAGGUGGUACAACAUAUAAAAUAAGCAAAGUCAUUCCUCACAAAGAACAUAAUAAGCCAAAUAAAUUUAACAACGAUAUUGCUGUUAUAAGUACGAAAAAGGCCAUCGAGUUCAAUAAAAACGUUCAGCCCCUGCCGUUACCCAAAAAAGAUAUCAAGGCUGGAUUGUGGUGUAUACUGAGCGGCUGGGGUAAACUUGGCGCUGGUUGGUCUUCGCCAGACAAAUUGCAGUAUCUGUAUGUAAAAACUUUAACGAGUGACCAAUGCAGUGAGAAGUUGAAAGGACGCUCAGUCAUUAUACGUUCGAGCCAGAUGUGUACCAUUAAACAACUUGGACAAGGAACAUGCCAAGGUGACUCAGGCGGCAGCUUGGUGUGCAACGGCACCUCAGCCGGUAUCGUGUCCUUCAACUGGCCCUGCGCUAAUAAUAUCCCUGACGUGUACGCGAACACGUACAUGUAUAAUUCUUGGAUUGACGAAAAUACUAAAUCACCUUAAGCAUUGUCAAUUAUAAAUUGUUAUAAA